AUCUGGCAACUCGUCGAAUUUUGGCAUGGUUGAUCUUUACGGGACCGAGUGAAAUAAAACCGUUUUGUGGAAUUAUUAUGAAAAUGGAGUGGAAACCCGAACAAGAAGGAUUGAGGCAAAUAUUAACACUUCUCAAAGAAUCACAAUCACCAGAUACAGCAACCCAGAGAGCCGUUCAACAAAAAUUGGAAGAAUUGAACAAGUACCCGGAUUUUAAUAACUAUUUGAUAUUCGUUUUGACGAAAUUAGUAUCUGAAGAAGAGCCGACGCGUUCACUGAGUGGUUUGAUUUUGAAAAACAAUGUGAAGGCCCACUACAACAGCUUCUUGCCAGAGGUAGCAGAGUUCAUAAAGCGAGAAUGUCUGUCUGCGGUGGGCGACCCGUCGCCACUCAUAAGAGCAACUGUUGGCAUCAUCAUUACCACCAUCGCAAGCAAGGGUGAACUAACCUCUUGGCCCGAACUCUUACCAGCAUUGUGUCAGAUGCUUGAUUCACAAGACUACAAUGUUUGUGAGGGAGCGUUUGGAGCACUACAGAAAAUUUGCGAGGACACGGCAGAGAUUUUAGACAGUGAUGCAUUGAAUAGGCCUUUGAAUGUUUUAAUACCAAAAUUUCUACAGUUCUUUAGGCAUUCCUCACCUAAGAUCAGAUGUCACGCUAUAGCAUGUGUCAACUACUUCAUCACGGGCAGAACACAGGCCCUUAUGUUACACAUUGACAGUUUCAUUGAGAACUUAUUCCACUUAGCAGCAGAUGAAGAUCCUGAUGUUCGGAAAAACGUCUGUCAUGCUUUGGUAUUACUGUUGGAAGUUCGAUUGGAUAGACUUAUACCACACUUGCCUAAUAUCAUUGAGUAUAUGCUGGUCCGCACACAAGAUCCAGAGGAGGGUGUAGCACUAGAAGCCUGUGAGUUCUGGCUGUCUCUCGCCGAACAGAAUGUCUGCAGAGAGGUGCUAGGCCCGCGGCUGCCAGCCCUGCUCCCGGUGCUCGUCCGUGGCAUGCGCUACUCGGAGAUGGACGUGAUCCUGCUGCGCGGUGACCGCGACGACGACGCCGACGACGCUGAGCCCGACCGCGAGUCCGACAUUCGACCGCGCUUCCACAAGCCGCGCUCGCACACCAUCAAGCAUAAUGCGGGUGCGGGCGACAGCAACAUGUCAGGCGGCGGCGAGUCCGACGACGAGGACGAGGGCGGCGCCGACGCCGACGACGGCUCGCUGUCCGACUGGAACCUGCGCAAGUGUAGCGCCGCCGCACUCGAUGUACUGGCCAACGUGUUCGGAGCUGACCUGCUGCCGGUCUUGUUCCCCAUACUCAAGGAGACGCUCUUCCAUGAAGAUUGGGUCAUCAAGGAGAGCGGCAUCCUCGCGCUAGGCGCGGUGGCGGACGGGUGUAUGGGCGGCAUGGUGCCGCACCUGCCGGACCUGGUGCCGUACCUGGUGGUGUGCCUGGCCGAGCGCAAGGCGCUGGUCCGCGCCAUCACCUGCUGGACGCUGUCCCGCUACUCGCACUGGAUCGUCUCGCAGUCCCACGACCUCUACCUGCGCCCUGUUAUGACCGAGUUACUAAAACGCGUUCUAGACAACAACAAGCGGGUGCAAGAAGCGGCGUGUUCAGCUUUCGCGACACUAGAAGAGGAAGCGUGUACAGAACUGGUUCCUUACCUCGGCUACAUCCUUCAGACGCUCGUAUACGCGUUCAGCAAGUACCAGCAUAAAAACCUGCUGAUCCUAUAUGAUGCCAUCGGGACAUUGGCGGACUCCGUCGGGCAUCACCUGAACAAACCCGAGUAUAUCAACUUGCUGAUGCCUCCGCUCAUCAACAAGUGGAACGUCUUGAAGGAUGAGGAUAAGGACUUGUUCCCGUUAUUAGAGUGCCUGUCAUCGGUAGCUACUGCGCUACAAUCAGGAUUCCUGCCGUACUGCGAGCCUGUGUUCAGGAGAUGUGUGUCUUUGAUAGAGCAGACACUCAAUCAGAACAUUGCAAACAGUCAAAGCCCAGAGCAGUUUGAGGCCCCAGACAAAGAUUUCAUGAUAGUAGCUCUAGACUUGCUGAGCGGACUGGCGGAGGGGUUAGAUGGACACAUCGACCACCUCGUGCUCAACUCCAACCUCAUGCAGCUGCUGUACCAGUGCAUGCAGGAUCCUAUGCCUGAGGUCCGUCAGUCAUCGUUCGCGUUGCUAGGCGACCUGACGAAGGCGUGUUUCCAACACGUCCACCCCUAUAUCCCGGAGUUUCUGCCCAUCCUGGGCAUGAACCUCAACCCCGAGCUUAUCUCUGUCUGCAACAACGCUACCUGGGCUAUCGGAGAAAUUAGUAUCAAAUUAGGACCGGAAACAUCAAAGUAUAUCCCCCUUGUACUCAACCAUUUAGUCGAAAUCAUCAAUAGGCCUAAUACUCCUAAAACAUUACUUGAAAACACAGCGAUUACUAUCGGUCGGCUAGGUUAUGUGUGCCCCCACGACGUCGCACCCGUAUUACAUCAAUUUGUACGCCAGUGGUGUACGUCUCUUCGGAACAUUCGCGAUAACGACGAGAAGGACUCUGCGUUCCGCGGCAUCUGUCAGAUGAUACAAGUGAACCCCGCGGGCGUGGUGCCUGACUUUAUGUUCUUCUGUGACGCGGUCGCCUCCUGGUCGCACCCCAAGGACGACCUCAAGGAGAUGUUCACCAAGAUCCUGCAUGGGUUCAAGAAUCAGGUGGGUGAGGAGAACUGGCGCCGGUUCACAGACCAGUUUCCCGUGCAGCUCAGCGCUCGGCUGUCGGCCAUGUGCGGGAUAUAGGCUCCACUACGUACAUUAUGGGGAAUCAAUGUCAGCACGGGUCGGGAAGACAUUGCGGGAGGCGCGGCCCCCGGCGUAGGGACAGACAUCCGGUAUCACUCGCGAGCGUCGCUGCAGACACAUUGUGCCAACUCACCAACCCAAUACACUAGCGAGGAAAUUGCGCAGUAUCAGGGACUUUUCUAAACACUUCGGUUCAUUUGUACCUGAAAAUUUAUCUUUCGUUAGUUUGAAUGCGGCGACUCACUUAAUUUCGCACUGAGUGUAUGAACGUUUGUAAAUCGCCAGUGGCGAGGGCGGCCCGUGGACCGGCCGCGAGCCGCGGCGGGUGUGUCACGGGGUGCUAGGCUUAUUGUAUUCGUAUCGUCUAAUGAUAAAUGUCGCACGUUGCAUGCUUCCGUGCCGUCUCAUUCGUUAUCGAAUCAAGUGUUCACUCAUUGGCCUGUAGUCGUAGUAUUUACUCACCAGUUCUAACGUGGUGACAUACUGAGCUAGCUGUGGUUGGAAUGUCUACUGUUAUUGCAUGAACCUUAGUAAUAGUUCAUAGUUCGUAAUACUGAAGAUGAGACAACCCUAUUUUUUGGAAAUAUCAUUGUAUUAGUUUGCCCGUAGUCCCAUACAAUCACUAACACGUUUAACGAGACUAUGUUGGUGAUUUGCGUUCAAUUAGUAUAUUACAUCAGAAACUCAUAUUGCAGCAUAGGUUAAAAAUUAUUUUGUAGAUCGAAUCAUUAUCAAGAGUCUCAUCUUACAACUUACUGUUAGGACAGUUGUGCGUGUUAUGCAUUAUUGUAUAAUUUGAGAUAUAGUUUAACAACAUCAUUGUGGAAGUCAUAGUCGUGCAUGCACCUCUAUGUCGAGGCAACGUGCGCCGGCCUCGGCCCCGCCGCCGCCGCCGCCGUUGUCUCCACAUUCUUCUAGUAACUAGGCUGACUGAUGCCAUUCACUGCUCAACAAUUAGUACUUCUUUUUAUUUAAACUCCUUACUGAUACUAAUACAACCUUCUACUAUCGCUUAGCUAAACAUUUUCUUCGCAACCUAAAAGGAAGCACCAAGUUUCGAUUUCGCAAUCAUUAUAAUCAAAAGCAUUUAUUUGAAGUGUCCACUAGAGCUUUUCAAAUAUCUAUCUAUUCUAGUAUUUAAAAAUCGAUGUGUUAACUAUUAUUUUAAAAUAAAUUACAAGACUUAGGGAAAUCGAGAAUUUAUGUCAACUGUGAUUUGUGACUGGUUUAUUUUGACUAAUAUAUGUGUACGAUAUAUGUCUGUGUCAGUGUAGAUAUAAUAUACUGCUUUGAUAGAUUUUACGACGGCUAGAUUUCUGCUAUAUAAUAUACCAAAUAGUAUUUUUACGUUGUAUAUUGUUUUAAUGGAUUUGUAUGUUUGAGUUGCUCUCCUUGAUCGGCAUUUAGAGUGUCGACGUGUAGCACGACUUGUUUAUAUUCUACGCGACUGUUGUUAUCACUUAUCAUUGAUUCAUACAAUAUUCCCAAACACACACACAAGCACUUUCAUACUUUUUUAUCACAAAGGGGGCAUUUUUGUAAUAAACAGUGUAUAACAGACGAUGUGCCGAGAUGUAUGUCAUAUGUAAUGGUCCAGCUUAGUUUGUAGAUGUUAUAAUGUUAUUGUUAACACGAACAGUCGACGUUCUGACUGACGACUCAACCGGAGCAACUUUUGAUAUAAAGUACUAUUUAUGAGUAUAUUAAAUGAAAGUAAUAUUAUGUAUAUGUAAAUACAUAUUGCGAUGUAUAUUAUUAUAUGCAAGUAAAAUUGUUAUUUUUUGUUUAUAAAGCUAAAAAGUCUGACUUUAACCACUUGUUAUUAAACGUCAUUUAGUUUUCUUUCAGAUAAUGGGGAUCUGAAAUUUUGUAGUUCAAACGAACAUAAUUAGUAUAUUUUACAAUAUUGCAAUCUUAGCGGUAGGUAAGCAGUGAAAAUAAUUAUUUUCGGGGUUUAUAAGAAAAAAUAACAUUCCGUCAGAUACUUAUCUAAAUUUUAUUUUUGGCUUCGUCACAUUAUAUUUAAAUUUGUAAUUUCUU